CAGAGCUGCGGAGAUUGAGCGAACAGCAGCAGAAACACCUCCAGGUCCUGCUGACAUUUUAUACCCAGACACAGCGGCUAACAACGGUGACUUUGAGCGGUGAGAUGCCGGGCAUGAUGGAUAAAGGCUCGGAGUAUUUAGGGAAAGGUCGAUCAAACGGCACCAAGAGUCCGUCCAACGCUUCUAACGGACAUUUUUCUGACGAGAGCGGCAGCGACGACGAACACGAUGUGGGAAUGCGGGUUGGAGCCGAUUAUCAGGCUAAUAUUCCCGAGUUGGAGCCCGGUUCCACUAAGUACACAGAUAAAGACAGCGGAGGGAUGCUGGUUUGGUCUCCGUAUCACAGCAUCGUCGACUCCAAAUUGGAUGAAUACAUCGCUUUAGCCAAAGAGAAACAUGGAUACAACGUGGAGCAGGCACUCGGCAUGCUCUUCUGGCACAAACACAACAUAGAGAAGUCUCUGGCCGACCUGCCGAACUUCACCCCGUUUCCAGACGAGUGGACGGUGGAGGACAAGGUGCUGUUUGAACAAGCCUUCAGCUUCCACGGCAAGAGCUUCCACCGCAUCCAGCAGAUGUUACCAGAUAAAUCCAUCUCCAGUCUGGUGAAGUACUACUACUCCUGGAAGAAGACUCGCUCCAGAACGAGUCUGAUGGACCGACAGGCUCGUAAACUGGCCAACAGGAGCAACCAGGACGACAGUGAUGAGGAGAUGGAGGAGGCCGCUCCCGUUGAAGCCAACGACAGCGACUACGACCCCAACAAGGAAACCAAGAAAGAGCAGAACCAGGUGGAGCCGGUGGCGCCGGGCUCAAAGGUGGCUUUGGGUCGGCGGGAGCACCAGACCCUGCAACACAGACACCACCAGCGCUCUCGCUGCCGCCCCCCCAAAGGCAUGUACCUGACCCAGGAGGACGUGGUGGCCGUGUCCUGCAACGCCUCCGCCGCCAACACCCUCCUCCGUCAGCUGGACAUGGAGCUGGUGACCCUCAAGAGACAGGUGAAAGACCCCAGGUGUGUCCCUGAGUCGUCCUGUGCAGUGCCUGUCCCGGUUACUAUGCUGCCCGGGCUGUACCGCCCCCGGCUGGUGAUACCUGCUGGUAUCAGUACACUGUGUGAAGCAGGUUGCUCCUGGAAGGUAGUGGUCCGUUUUCAGCGGGUUAACCAGGCAAUUCCAGCCCCCUGCACGGUCAGGAUGCUUACCGCCAAUUACCGGCGACCACAGCCCCUUUUACCGGGGCUUCCCGCCCCCCCCUUCCCCAGGGUAUUCCCGCCACCCUUUCAGCAGGAGGAUUCAGCCAGGCUCGCUUUCACCUGCGGCCCUUACGCCCCAUUUAAAGGCACGGAGAAUUGCAAGCUAAUCCCGGAGGAUUACAAGACCACAUUUAAAUGCGUUCCGCCCCCUUCCCGGCGAGUCACAGGCCCACACUGGCCCGGGACGCUUCCGUAG